GCUGAAUUACUCUUGUCAGCCGCGCCGCCUCAGUCACUCGGGCAGCAUAACGCCGGGAGGAGUGUUGCGUGCCAGGCAGGCGUGGGGCGAGGACUGGAGCGAGAGAUACACCACAAAUUCUGAAACAUCUCCGCGCCGCACUUCCCCUACUUUCAACAGGGUUUAGUUAAAGUGACACGGGGUUUAAGGACGUUUUUUUUUUUUUUAUGGUUCUAGUGACAGAUUGAUAAUAUUUUCAAAUUAUUAAUAGGAGAAACACUUUUGAGAACCCGGCUGAUAAUGUCUGUGGCCUUUGAAAAUAGUGGUGAGACAGCGGAGCGUUUACGGGCCUAGACAGAGCGAGAGGGCACUGAUAAGACUUAAGAGAAAUGGAGAAGUGGUGUGUUUUACGUGUGUUUUGUGCGAAUAGCGACGGACAAACACACUAUUGCUGAAGCGAAGUUUGUUGGAUAUGUUUGUCAGUGUUAGCAGUGGCUGUAGUAACGCCUGAAGUGAGGCAGGAAAGGUUGGUGAAGGGAAAUAUGCGUUGGGACUGAGGUUCAUGUGUGUGUGUGUGUGUGUGUGUAACUUGACAUAAUUAACCGCGACCCUUCCUCGGCGCGCGGCUUAAAAACUUGGGAAUGUGUAUAUGUGUGUGUGUGUGUGUGUGUGUGUGACCACGUAUCACGGAUAUCUUGUGUGGGAUUUUUGAUAAGAUGAAAGAUACAGUUUGUGAUUUUUUUUACGUAUACCUGUGCGCGCAUGCAUGCAUAUGUGUGUGUGUGUGUGUGUGUAUGUGUGUGUGUGUGUGUGUGUGUGUGUGUGUGUGUGUGUGUUGCUCCUCUCAAUUGUUUUAUGAGAGAAGACGAGAAAUGUUUAUGUAACUUUUUUUUCCUCCCAAUGGCUCAGUGUGUGUGUGUGUGUGUGUGUGUGUGUGUGUGUGUGUGUGUGUGUGUGUGUUUUGCGAUGCACAGUGAUGCGUAGUGAGGUGUGCAUCUGCAUGUGUGUGUGUGUGUGUGUGUGUGUAUAUACCAAGCGACAUGUAAACAAUUCUAAGGGACUCUUGUGUACGUAUGUGUGUUACGUACAUGUGUGUGUGUGUGUGUGUGUGUGUGUGUGUGUGUGUGUGUGUGUGUGUAUACCAAGCGACAUGUAAACAAUUCUAAGGGACUCUUGUGUACGUAUGUGUGUUACGUACAUGUGUGUGUGUGUGUGUGUGUGUGUGUGUGUGUGUGUGGAAGCCAGCAUGUGCGGGUGGCUUGUGACAAUUUCAUGAGGGAGGGAGAGGAGAGAGGAGAGGAGGGAGAGAAGAGAGAGGAGAGGAGAUGGGGGAUGGUUGAUAGGCAGGAGGGAGGGGAAUGAUGAUGAUACAAUGUUGGUAGUUGUAAUAGUAGUAAUAGUAGUAGUAGUAGUAGUAGUAGUAGUAGUAGUAGUAGUAAUGUAGAGGGUUGUAAUGGUUCUGAGCUGUGGAAGACCUUGAAGUAGUAGUAGUAGUAGUAGUAGUAGUGGUACCAGUUGUUGUUGUUGUUAUUGUUGUUGUUUCUGCUGUAACUUACUAUAACAAUUUAAGACGAAGGAAGAGAAAGAGAAGAUAAAAAAAAAUAUAAAGAAAGGUUAACAUUUCCGGAAAGACUAAAACAAAACAAAAAAGAAAAAAGUAAACAGUGCAAAGGAAAAAAAAAAAGACGGAAGAGGAAGAGAAGAACGAGGAGAAGAAAGAGAACAAACAAAGUAGGAGGUACAGUGCGACUUACAGUUGGGUACAGUGAGAUACAGAGCAAUGUAAAGGUAAUGCAGUGAAAUACAGUGAAUUACAGUGUGAUAUACAGGUGAUAUAUUGAGAUAACGUGAAUACAGUGCAGCGUACAAGUGAUACCGUGAAUAUAAUGUAGCAUGCAAGUGAUACAGUGAAGUGCAUUGCAACAUAUAGGUGAUACAGGGAAGUACAGUGAAUACAGUGCAACAUAAAAGCGAUACAGUGAGAUACAGUGAAUUACAGUGCAACAUAUAAGUAAUACAGCGAAGUAGUUAAGUAGUACAACAUACAAGUGAUACAGUGAAAACUGCACCAUACAAGUGAUGCAGUGAAAAGAGUGAACCAUGCCACGAAAAACACUGAGUACAUUGCAAUAUACAAGUGAUGCAGUGAAAUACAGUUACGUAAGAACAGUGAAGUACAGUGAAGUAUACAAAUAAUACAGUGACAGCGUGAAAUACAGAGUAACACAUUCAUAACCAGUGGCUAAGCUUUGGCCUUGAGCAGUGGCGUUCAGCAGUGCAGGAACCUACCUAGCGCACCUCUAUUUUUCAAAGCCUCCUAUUGACAAGACACACGGGUUUUUAAGGAUGUUUUUCUGUUGCAGUGACAUAUUAACAACACUUCUACCUUAUCAACAGGAGAAACACUCUUGAAAACCCAGCCAUUCAUCUCUGUGGCCUUCGAAAAUAGUCGUUUCCGAAGCUGGGCCUGGACAACGAGAGGACACGAGCAAGAAAACUGAAGAUAAAUAGAAAAGUGUUAGUUUGACGUGCAUUUUCUGUUUUGCGACGGAGAAACACACUCACUGAAAUGAAAUUAUAUUUUUUGCGGCUAUAGCGACAGAUUACCAAGCUUUCCAGAUUAUUAACAGGAGAAACACUCUAGAGAAACCGGCUGAUCAUCUCGGUGGCCUUUGAAAAUAGCCGUGGUGAGAGAGCAAGGCGUUUCUGAAGACGGGCACGGGGCAUCGCGCAGAGCAGCAAACGGGAGUAGCAGUGACGGGAGCAAACAGACAGGAUUUGUGUGAAGGACAGCCAUGGAGAGGAAAGUCAGUAGACGAGGCCCGAACCCUGAUCACCUGCCCCUGGACAAGAGUAUGAUCAGUGCGCCAACUAAUUUCUCCCACGUGGGGCGAAGCGACCCCUUCCGAGACAGGUUGGGAGAGUGGACGGAUGACGAGACACGAGUGGGCGGAGGCGUGAAGGACCACAAAUGGGCGGAGGUCAGCGAGGAGGAGAGACACGAGGGACGAGAAGCUGGCGAGAGGGAGGGAGAGAGGCAGGAGGUAGAACAGGUGGGAGAAUACGACCCCCUGCUCCCUCUCCCCUCCCUCUCCCAACACUGAACGCAGGAACUCCCGCCGAAUAAGCAAGGACAUGAUUAGCCUUCCCAUGAACUUCCGUCACGUGCUACACAUUGACCCGUCCUCGGCUGACCCCGCCCACCUGUCUCUGUUACUCAAGUCCGGCACAGAGCUGGAGUACGAUCUGGAGUGUGACGAGGAGGAGGAGAAUGACGACCCCGCCUGGCCACCUCCUGAGCCUCCCAUAGACUACAACGAGGGUCCGAAGGGCGCCUCAGAUCCCGCCCCAGCCAAGCCCAAGCCUCUUCGACCCUCCAACCGCGUCAGGAAGAGCAUGAUCAGCCUCCCCACCAACUUCCAACACGUGAACCACAUCUCAGCUGGGGAGAGACUGCUGGCCCCCGAGUCCCCGCCCCCACAGGUGCCCCCGGAGCCUCAGCCUGGAGAAGAGGGGCACGAGGCAGGUUGGGGGUACGAGCCUUCCCUCUCCACCCCUCCCAUUGCUCCCCUUCCCCCUUCCCCUCCCCGCAUCUCCCCUUACACCGCCAGUGAUGUCCCAUACACCCCCCACACCCCUCCUAACCACAACUACAACACUGCUAAUCCCUAUUCCACCUCCCCAUGCACUGCUGUACCUAAUCUCCCCACCCCUCUAUCCCCAACCUAUGUUAAUGUCCCCCUCCCCACCACUCAUCACCCCCACAUUCCUCCGCCUCUCACUCUACCCACGAGUCACGCCCCCCACUCGCCAGCCCCCCUCUCCGCUCCCCCUCACCUGGGCACGGCAAGAGCCAAAGGUCACGUGACAGUCGGUGGCCCAGACCAAGACCAAGACUGUGUUCGUUUCCGUGGCGGCGACUCUGACUUCGACUUUGAUAUUGUUCAGUUUCGUGUUCCACCCCCACCCCCAGUAGAGUUUAGCGGGAAUGACAUGAGCAGGUCCAGUCUUCCCUCUCGGCCACGCACACACCACCAGCAUCUAAUGGAGGAGGAAGCGAGAAGGGAGGUGAGGAAUGACAAUAUGGAGAAGGAGGAAGAGGAGGAGGAGGAGGAGGAGGAGGAGGAGGAGGAGAAGACCUGGAAGCGUAAUGAGCAAAGACUCACCUUGCAGGACAGGUGUCAGGAGGAGACGCGCCGCCCCCCUCCUCUCGACGCUCCUCCUCCUCCCCCCGUGGCGCCCCCCGCAGCCUCAAGCGAUGGAGCUUCACGGUGUUUCGUUUCCAGGAGGAGGAGCAUCGGGCGGCCCACGAACUUCCAGCACGUGAGGCACCUGGACGCCGAGACUGCAGAGUUGUUACUGGAGGAGUGCGCGGAGGAAAUAGCAGCAAGGAACGGGGAGAAAAGGAGAGGAAGGGAGAAGGAGACUGAGAGGACGAGAGAGCGUAGGACACCCUCCCUCCCCCCUGCCCUCCCCCACUCUCCUCGGGCUCAGGAUCCCCCGCCCUCAGGAAAACUAAGGAAGCCAGUAAUCGGUCACCCCACCAACUUUCAACAUGUGGCUCAUGUGGGGUUCGGGGGCGUGCACGGGGCUCUCUAGACAGCCUUGUGCAAGCUGCCCCCAAACAGCAUUUUUUUUUUUCGGAAGCGAAGAACCUAAGCUCAAAAAUAAACAAGUAAAUAAACAAAUGAGUAAAUAUUUAUGGGAACACAAAGGAACACAAGGGAAGAACUAACGGCAGCUGACCUGUUGUCCCUGACGAGGUUGCGCCAAGAGAGAGAGAGAGAGAGAGAGAGGAAGGGAAGAAGGGGAAAGAUGGUACAAUGGAGAAGGAAGAGGGGGAGGAGGAGGAGGAGAGGUGAGGAUAAGAUAAGGAAGAGGAAGAGAGAGAACACAUAAAUUUAUCUUGUAAUGUAAAAUAUUAAAUAAUAAAGUAUUUUCUGAUGAUAA